AUGUCUUCACGCAUCAUGCAAUUUAACUCUGCACAAGAAGAAUUAGAUUAUUGGAGAGCACACUCUGAAAACCUCGAAAAUACGUUACAAGAUACCAGAGCUGCUCUCGAUGAGUUUCAAGUUUCCUCUCGUGAACUAGAAGAAGAGUUAGAAAAGGAGUUGCAAACGACAGAAAAGGCAUACAAUGAUUUAAAGUCACGAUGUGAGCAUUUUAAGCGAGAUGCAGAGAACUGGAAGUCUAAAUAUACAGAGUCAAAGCAUGAGCAAAAUAUUACCAUGGUCCAAAUGCAGAGAGAAAUUGACAUUCUGAGAUCAACAGAAGACACAUUUAGAAAGCAAGUGCUGGAAUUAGAAUUAGAUAACGACGAUUUAGAAAGAACUGAAAGAGCUGCUACCUCUUCCUUAACAGAUUUAGAAAUGAAAUUGAAUAGAGCUAUUGAGAGAAAUGUUAUUCUUGAAAAUGAAAUUUCCACCAAAGACAACUUGACAGAACAAGCUCAAAGACUUCGAGAUGAAUUAAACGAGGUAAAUCAAGAAUUAUCCGUGAUGCGUGGACAAUCCUCCAAACAAACAGAAUUUAUUGGAGAAUUAGAGAGUAAAUUAGAAGAGAUGGAAAAGAAGAAUCGACAACAAGCAGCAUUAAAUCAACAACAACAGAAUCGAUCCCCUACACCUGAUCGUGGUACGAAUUAUUAUGAUCCAUACUCUAGAAACAGAACGACACGUAUACCACGUACGCCUACCAGUGGAUCACUUUCUGCCUCUUCUAAUCCAGUGAAAAUGGUGCAAGAGAUGGUUGGCAGAGUCAGAAGUUUAGAGGCCCGUUUACAAUCAUGCCGUUCUUUAGUGACGCCACUUUUAAACCCACCACCUUCGUACAGUUCAUCCAAUUAUAAUUAUAGAGACUCCACCAUGUCCGAGAGACCUUUGUCACCCGAUCGAAGUAGUAUCCGAUCUGGUAGUCCAAUGAACUUUUCCAACAUUAAAGCCAGAAGACCUUCCGAAUACAUGAAGACCGAAGAUUAA